UUUUCCGGUGGUAUACACAUUCUAUCAAUAUUAAUAGCUCCAACUUUGAGGAAGAGUGGACCCCGAUGGGCCUGGUGACAAAUUCUUCCGUUUGUCCCGGGUAUCCGGCGUACAAAAACUCCUUCAGUCGAGUGGCGAGUGCGCCACGCAUUUCGUGGCGAGUGCCUCGGCUACGCGGCACACGAUUGUCUCAACGAAGAUGCGCCAUCGCAGAUACUAUGGCAGGGAAGUCUUGCCCACAGGAUAAUCUUCUUUCUUCCUGCACCUCAGCCACGCUCCUCCUAAAAACUUUUCACUCCCGUGUACUGCCGGUGUGCAGGUGCCCCUUUUCCGUGCCGACCCUCGCGCAAUAUAGCCUAUUGUCUAGGACAAAUGGACAUAAUUGUUACUAUCUGCAGGAAGCAUGCCAGCCCGGCGGCUGCUGCUAUAACGGCUGAUGCGAGACAUUUGCCUGUGGACUUUUUCGGCUUCAUACAACCCAUGCGUGGUUAGAAAAUCCUUUAAUAGACACCGUUCCCUCGAUUUUAAGCAGGGGUGAAGCAUACUCUAGACUGUUUCUGUUUGUAACUUCCCCGACGUACUCUCAACUUAUCCAUACAACGUACUCUCAUCAUAUUCUCAACAUACUCUUAACAUACUCUCAACAAAGCUC